AUGCCUAAAGUAAAAAGCAGAUUAACCUCUAAAGAACAAAAAUGUUUGAUAGAUUUUGAUGAAAUUUCUCCUGAACGACAUGAUUUUGCUUUAAUGUUACUUUGUUCAAGAUCACUUUAUCGCAUUCAACUAAAAUGUUUUGAACAUAAUGUUCUUAAUAAUCAAGAUAUUCGUGAUAUAGUUCAACGGGAAGUUGAUAGAUUACCUAAAUUAUUAUCGGUAAUUGGAGCAUCAUUAGAAGCGAAUGGAUCUUAUAAUGCCAAUCAUCAUGAAAAUUUAAUGAUGUUAGAUUUCUGUAAACAAAUUACAAAUUCAAAUGAUCCUUUAGAUAUAAUUAGAAGUCUUUUAACAGCUGAACAAAAUUCUAGAUCGUUAAGAAGUUCUAGUGAUAAAAAAGUUAAAAAAAUGUACAGAAAUCUAAUUAAUUUAAUUGAUGAUUUAAAGAAAUUUAUGCAAAAUCGUAACUCAACUGAUGAUUCAACCAAUUUAUCCUCUUCCGCUACUCGAAAACGCAACAAUUUUCGACCGGUUUAUUUCAUGGGAAAUUAUUGUGUUUGUACAGAAGGUAUUCCUGGAAGUGGUGAAGAAACUUUUAUUCAUCCGCCCACAGCACUUCUUUGGCUUCCCGUUCUUACUAAUAAGGAACGUAUCACUCAACAUACGACCUCGGCAUUUUCUUUACGUAAGAAAACAGAAUUCGCUAAAAAUAAUGGACCUUCAUUUAGACCUCAAUUAUUGCGAAUGAACUUUGUUCAAACAUUUGGUCGUAGACAAUUACAACAAUCAUCUACAACGAGAUCUUUGUCGGGAGAGAAAUCUCGUCGUGUUACGAACCAUUCUUCACAAAAUUCUUUACAACAAUCACAAUCGACUCAGAGUCAAAAUUCCCCAUCGUCAUCGUCGCAUUCACACGUGCCUGUAACAUCGAUUAAUGCGAUUCUUAAUCAUGCAUCAACUUCUAAUACUUUUAAUACCACCAACACUACUGGUUCGUCGUCAAACGCUUUACAACCAGGAUUACAACCAGGAUUACAACCAGUAUUGGUUAAACCAACACCGAAACGAGUUCCUUUUUCUAUAAAUACCGAUGUCUCAAGGAUUUUAUCAGCUCCUCGGAAUGAUAUGACCUCUAAGAUGGUUGCUACUACGACCUCAUACAUGACACCAGUUCAAUCACCAAUUACUUCUAAUUGUAAUUGUAAUUGCAGUCCAUUAAGUGCAACAUAUGAUUUCAGAAAAUUAUGCCCUUGUAUAGUCAACAU